CCCCCAUCCCAUUCUCUCUCUUCCCUUCAUUUCCUUCUUCAAAACCCCCCAUUAGUUUAUUCCCUCUUCCUCCCUUAGGAUCUACAGCCCAAGAAAAAACUAACACACACAUACACACACCCAUAUAUAUACACACAUCAUCAUCAUGUGGCGGGUGUUUGCAGUUAUUCGCCCCACCCUCCACAACUUCACCAACAGCCACCGCAUUGCUGAUGAGAGUAUGUUCACUACAACUGAUCAAUUCCCCACUUACGCUGCCGCCGCCAACAACCGACGAACCUUUUCCACCGCCAUCUUCAACAUCAUUCGUGCUCCUUUCUCUAUUCUCUCUUGCUUCGCUCCACCCUCUGUUCACCGCUCCCCCGACGCCUUCUGGCUCUCUGGUGACCACUAUUUUGCCUCCACUAUUUCCGAGAUCAACCACCUUAUGGUAAGCGAUGGCAUGCGUUACGCCAUAUUGAUGUAAAAGCUUUAAAACUAAUCUUACCAAACACACAACACAUAUAUAUGUAUUAGAAUUAAGUACUUUAGCUUUUAUUUCGGUUGUACCUGAUAAAUAAUCACUUGGGUUUUUGUUUUUGUUCUUUUCUUUCUUUCUUUUUUUUUUUUUUUUCUUUUUUUUUGGUUAAAUUUUAUUUAGUGUACUAUGUUUCUAAUAUGUUACCAGUCCCAUAAUUAAAUUAAAUUUAUAUAUCAGAAAAAAAAAAGGUUACUCUUUUCCCAAGAA